GCUAAUUCGCGCCGAUGUGGAUGGUCGAGGCGCGUGAAGCCUCCGGACUGCCGUACAACGCAGUCACAGAAAGACAGCCGCGCGCGCAGCCCGCGGUCACGGCCUAUCUAGACCUACGUAACUGUCGUGCGGAAAUCGUGUGAUUACAGAAUAAAUACGUGAAAACAAAAUGAAACUACACUUUAAAAUAUUCGAUGUGGUGCCGUCCCGGCUAGUGAUCGGCAUAAUGAUGUUCUUCGCAUGCUUCAUCAACUAUAUGAUGAGGGUCAACAUGAGCGUCAACAUCAUCGCGAUGGUCAACAACGAAUCCAACUCAACAUCAGUGAAAACUGAGUGUGAUGCCAUCGCGACGGACGACAGCAUUGUCUACAACGCGACUACGUUGCUCGUCGUCAAGAAGCAAACGCGACAGCCCGAUGGUGUGGUAAUAUUCGAUUGGACGGCCCAGCAGCAAGCCUAUGUUUUGUCCGGUUACUUCUGGGGCUAUGCCAUCACCUGCUUGGUGGGUGGCACAGCCGCGGAGAUGUGGGGACCGAGACGGGUCAUUUUUAUAACCACGACCCUCAGCGCGAUCCUCACUGUACUGUGCCCGCUCGCCGCAAGAUGGCAUUAUCUGGUCUUGGUGGCAUUUCGAUUUGUCACAGGCUUAUUAGCAGGCUUCCUGUUUCCGGCGCUGCACGCCCUUUUGGCUCACUGGGCGCCUCCCGUAGAGAAGGGCAAGUUCGUGAGCGCCUUACUCGGUGGAGCUAUUGGGACUGUUGUCACGUGGUCACUCACGGGACCUCUUAUCGAGAACUUAGGAUGGGACUACGCGUUUUAUGUGCCAGGUAUAAUAGCCCUAGUUUGGUGUUUCGCUUGGCUGGUGUUGGUGUAUGACUCGCCGGUGCAACAUCCUCGUAUACUGGAGAGUGAGAAGAAAUACAUUUUAGAAGCAAUCGGUGACAAAGUUCAACAGAAUCAUGAAACAAAGAUUGUUCCCCCGUUCAAGAGAAUAUUCACAUCUCUGCCGUUCUUGGCGAUGGUGAUACUCCACUACGGCAACAACUGGGGGCUGUACUUUGUGAUGACGGCCGCGCCCAAGUUCGUGUCUAGCGCACUCGGCUUCAACCUGACUUCCACUGGAACCUUAUCUUCUCUACCUUACUUGGCUAGAAUGAUAUUCUCCGUGAUCUUCGGAGCUAUUGGCGAUAGAAUAAUAAAGCAAAAUAUGGUUUCGACUACGUUCAUGAGGAAGUUCUUCUGUUUGUUCUCCCACGUGGUGCCGGGUUUGCUACUGAUCGCCCUUGGCUACACUGGCUGUGCUCCUGUACUAUCUGUCGCUCUCAUCACGUUCUCCAUGGGUUUGAAUGGAGCAGCAACACUCACCAACCUGGUGAAUCAUCAGGAUCUGGCUCCUAACUUUGCUGGUACCUUGUACGGUAUUGCGAAUGGUAUUGGCAAUACUGCUGGAUUUGUCACACCGCUAGUGACAGCUUACUUCACGAAAAAUGGGAAUGGAUUUACGGAGUGGCGUCCUGUCUUCAUAACCGGUGCCUCAAUAUACAUCGCAUCAGCUAUUUACUUCAUCUUAUUUGGUACAACGGAGACACAAAAGUGGAAUUACGUAGAGCCCGUUCAAAACGAAGAAGAAAACAAGAGGCCCAGUGGAAGCUCCACCGAUACCACUGUAACGAUUCCAGUAAAAACAUAGAUGUAAUUAUAGUUAGAAUAUUGAAAUACUUCGUUUGAAAGACAUGUUCAUUCUACAGAAUUUUAAACAUGACUUAAUGUUGUUUAAGACUUCAUAUUUAAACAGGGUUUAUUUUGCAGCUCAAAACGAGCUUGUACCGACGAAAGCUAAGCUCCCUUUCUCGUGUAAUGAUUUAGUUUUACAUCCUUGUAUUUUGUAAUUGUGUGAUAAAGUAAAUCCUCCACUAUGGCGGCCACUUGUUUUACCGGGUAACGUGACCGACGCGAUAUAUUUGUCUUUAUUUCUAUAAUACAUAAGAGGCACAUAUAUAGUGUAAAAUAAUCUUGUUUCUGUGAACAGAGAAUAAUGUACAACACUUAUUGGAGUGAAACAUGAAUUUUGUUGAAUGUUAUUUCUUUUGUUGGCUUGCCUCUUUCCACUCAAACGGAAAAAAGGGAAUCGUUCUUAGUUUGUUUAGACGAUUAUACAAUUUUUACUUGCUUUUAAAUUACAUGUGUAAUUAAAAUUACCUCUAUCUCAUGAAAAGUAAGUUACUAUAAGUACAGAUAAUAGAGUACUAUUAAUAGUACUGUAUAUAAUAGAUAUUAUUUGAAAUAUUAAGACAGUAUUAUUUUCUUACAUAGAUAGAGAAUAGGUAGGUAACAAUCCCGUAAAUAACUGUAACAGAAUAAGAAAGGAGAUUGCUCAAAUUGGCCCAAAUGCACAAAAAAUAUUGACAUAUACGGUAAUUCUUGGCGCAAUUUAUAAUUUAAUUUACAGUCAUUAGAUUUCAACGGACACCUUUGUAUAAUAUAUUUACUUUAAAAAGGACUUUUUUGGUAAACAUACGAAUCUUUUUUAAUGGCUAUGGGUGUAGUAACAUUCAGCCAAAGACUGAUCGAAGUUGUUUAUAUAAUAUAAAAACAAAUCUAUUUUGUAAAGAUCGAUAAAAUAAACAAUUUUUUAUUACACUGUGGUAUUAAUAUCCACAACUAUAUUAUCAUUUUCACUACAUGCAAAUGUGCUCAGACAAUUAUUAUAGAUGGUAGGCAACAUCAUAAAGUCUAUUGCCAUACAUUUUUCGCCAAAUACCUCCAUAAACACAUUAUAAUCUGUAUAUGUGUUAGACUUUAAGGUAUCUAUCUAUGGGCCUACGUUGCCU